CUGGGUUACAGGGUUACAACAUAUUUUGCAUAAACAUCACAUGAGACAACUACCACCGGACUUCUGUUCAUACCGGUUCAAGCCACUUGUUCAUCCACAUUCACAGAAAAAAAUACCUAGAGUAGGGAGCAGUGAAGUAUCUUUGACAAAACUUCCUGUUGGAAUGCCUCACAUCAAUGCAGCUGCAGCUCUGCAGAUUUCCAUGCUGCUCUUUGCUCUUCCUGCACAGUAUUUCAUAUCUCAGUGGUAUGGAACGGACUCUGCCGAGCGCACCCAAAUAACAGAAAGGAUAAUUGCCUCUUGGAGCAUCUCAACAAGAUCUUACUUGAGUCUGGAUGCAUGGGCAGAUGGUUUAAAGCUGUGGCUCUCAAAGACAAGGAAUUGGUACUAUGGAGAGAACAAAACUAAAAGCGGUGCCAAUGAAGCAAAACUCCAUUCUUAUCUUGCAGGUAAUAAUUCACAGAAGAUUUGGCUACUCAGGAGUCAUUGUCGGAUGGGAUGUAACAGCUAACACUCCAGAAGAACAACUACAACCCAGAUAUCCUCCAGUGAAACAGGAUCUAAAAGACACUCCUCACUAUCGAAUUCUAAUUAACAAAGCAAAUGGAUUUGGCAAAUCUACCGCUUAUGUUUCUGAGGAAGAGAUAACAGUUAUUAUGGGAUUAGAGGUGUAUCACCCUGAUAUGGAAACCUACUUCAGUGGAUAUGAUGGAUCAAAGUACAUUAUGCAGCCAUGGUUGAAAAAACUCUACCCUCAUGACUGAGUACUUCAGUGUCUGUACAUGCAACGUACAUCCAGAUAACAGAUGUCCUUUUCAAAACUGAGCAAACAGACACCAGGAUAAAAUGUGUAUUUCUUCCUAUGAUGAAAUAAAACUUUCCUAAGCAGGUUUUAUGUUGGACACACACUUUUGUCAGAAGCGAACACAAUGCCUGUUCAGUUUGUCACGACUCAGCAAUGGGGAUUAAUUUCCUUCCAGUUUUGGGAG